UAAGCAGUGAUUGUAACAAAAUAAUAAAAUCUAAUGAUCUAUAUAUCUAAAGAGGGCACUAGUUGUCUUAACCAUUUAUAUUUUCUGGUGUUACAUAAAUUUCUUAGAUAUAUAUACAACACUUGAGUUCAUGUAAAGAUAUUUGUUUACAAACAUAAAGAGUUGAAAAUUGGACUGAAUACAAGAAUAUGGAAGAAGAGCUUCAAUUUUGUGAAAAAGUUCCAAAAAUUGAACUUCAUGCUCACUUGAAUGGUUCCAUUUCUCUUGAAAAAUUAAAAUUACUGAAUGACAAUGAUGUACCUACUUUGCCUCAAUACGAAAUUACAUCAUCAACUCCUUUAAAACAAUGCUUUGAAGUAUUUAAAAUAGCUCAUACAAUAGUUAAUAACCCUCUGAAGGUAUAUGAAGCAACACUUAGUGUUAUUGAAGAUUUUUAUAAAGAUAAUGUUAUUUACCUAGAAUUGAGAAGCACACCACGGAUGAUUCCUGAUAUUAUGACCAAGGAUGUAUAUAUUGAAUCCGUAAUUAAAGCUAUACAGACUGCUUCUCUUACAUUUCCCAAAAUAUUAGUCAAGUUUCUGAUCUCUGUCAAUCGAGCACAUGGUAUUGAAAAUGCUACAGAAAAUAUACUGUCGGCAAUAAAAUAUCAUGAAAUGUAUCCUGAGUAUGUAGUUGGACUAGAUUUAAGUGGAGAUCCAUCAGAAGGAGAAGCUUUUUUACAUUUAUUGGAACGAGCUCGAAAUGCUGGAUUGAAAAUAGCAGCACAUUGUGCUGAGGUUCCUAAUAAUGACGAAGUUGAAGAUAUUUUAAAUUUUAAACCGGACAGAUUAGGCCAUUGUACACACAUUCAUCCUGAUUUAAAUGGAUCAAAUGAGCUUUUUGAACAGCUUCUUACAUCAAAAAUUCCAAUCGAACUAUGUAUAACAUCGAAUAUUAAAUGUCAAACUGUGUCAGACUACUCGAAACAUCAAUUUAAUUAUUUCUACAAAGCUAAUCAUCCGAUAUGUAUUGCAACUGAUGACAAGAGUGUCUUCAAUACAACUUUGUCGAAAGAAUUUCAAAUUAUUAAAACACAUUUCAAACUUUCAUCAAAAGAGUUAAUUAAAUUAUCUCUAGCUGCUGUUGAUUAUUCAUUUGCUACUAAUAAUGAGAAGGAAAAAUUAAGACAAAUAAUUAAAAAUUUUACCUACCUUGAAUAA